GACGAAAUCAACGCGUUUUGGUUUGCCGAGUCUGACCGUCUGCAGGAGGCCGGCCAGGUGGGGUUCCAGAGCUGGUGGUUCAAGCCGACCAGCGAAAUCGACGCGCAAAUUAAGCAGCGUUUCCAAGCUGUACACUCGGAGGUGAUUGCGACCAAGGCGCACGUGGAGAACGCAAAGGACUCGGCGCAGGGCACGCUGGCUUUGAUUGUGCUUUUGGAUCAAAUGGGCCGCAACAUGUAUCGCGGCGAGGCCAGGGCCUUUGCUGGCGACGCCAUUGCGCGGUCACUGGCCAUGUACAUGGUACGCCGCAAGUUCCACGCAGAGCUGCCGCCCGUCAAACAGUCGUUUGUGUACAUGCCGCUGAUGCACGCCGAGGACAUUGAGGCCCAGGACUUGAGCGUCCAGCUGUACACUGAGCUGGCCGAGAAGCUGGGCGCGCCUGAGCAGGACGCCAAGAAUGACGAUUUUGGCUCGUACGCGGAGAUGCAUCGCGACGUCAUCAGGGAGUUUGGCCGCUUCCCGUCGCGCAACAAGGCGCUCGGUAGGGAGACCACGCCUGAGGAG